GGAUCGUACUCGGCUUGCUGGGGGUCGUACUCGGCUUGCAAAAGGUCCGUGCACGGUAGAGGGCGGUAUAUAAGACGGGGGGAGGUGGGCAAGGGCUUACCGUCUCUCUCCCACCCCCCGUCUCGCUCGCCGUCUCACUCGUCACCCACCGUGCAGGCCGCCAUGCUGCUCGUGCAAUGAGGCGUGUAGGAGGGGUCAUGCUGGUAGGAGGGGUCAUGCUGGUAGGAGGGACCAUGCUGGUAGAGUACACCACGUAGCGUAGACUACCAUAGAUAGUAGAUAGCGCACGCCCCCCGCACACGGGCCCCUUGACGGGGAGACCGUGUGCGGGGGGCGCGGCAAAGGAGGGGUGGGCGCUAAACACCUAUCGAUUCUUGCUGCCCGAACGCACCACCAUCCAACCCUAGCCAGAGUCAGAGUCAGCCGACGCGCAUGCGUACACGUGAUCGCGUUUCCCCUUCCCCUUUCAACUCGACACUUCCCCUUCGCACGCGACCAUGCCCGCGCCCCGCCCCUCAGACGGCAUGCCCGACAUAUACGACUCCAUGAAGCACAUCUUCACCGACGCCCUCACCAACGAGCGCUCCCACACGCGCAACUCCGCCGCCCUCUUCGCCCUCCACUGCGCCGUCGUCUGCCGCGGGGCGCCGAUGGAGUGCGGCGGGAAGCAGGGCGGGUACGAGUUCAUGGAGUGCUUUCUGUACUUCCUCGGCCAGUGCCUGCACAUGAAGGCAGCGCGUCCGGCCGACCUUGGCCUGCGCUUUGUCGCGGCGUAUAUCGAGUUUUUGAAUGAUUCUGUGGGUCAGGUCGGCCACAAUCACCUCCAAUUUUACCCCCAGGACCGCGGCGAGCCUGGUCCUUCGACGACUCCGCCCCCCACGCACGAGCCCGCGCCUUGGUUCACCGGCCGCGUCCUCAAAGCCCUCCGGCACGCCCUCGCCGCGCCCACCAAGCAGAUCCGCCGCCGCGCCAUCGACACCCUGUCCCGCAUGUUCGGCACCCUCGGCGCGAUCGACGCGCGCGUGGUCGACAAGGUGAGGGCAGAGGUGCGCGAAAGGCUGGCGGACAAGGAUCGGGUGGUGAGGGCGGGCGCGGCGAGGUUGUUGUGCAGGUGCCUGGCGAUGGAGGGCGACCGCUUGGCUGCUGGGGACGAAGCGCUUCUGAUCGAGUCCAUGGCCUGCGAUCCUGCGGUCGACGUGCGGCUCGCGGUGGUGUCCUAUAUUCCCAUCACGGAGAACACGAUUCCUCAUCUCCUGCUACGGUCCCGGGAUGAUGGGCGCGAUGAGAAAUCUGCGAGGAAGGGUGCGCAGGGGGAUGCGAGGGUGCGCGCGGCCGUGUAUCGGAGGUUGAGGGAAAGUGUUGCUGGGAUGGGUGCGCCCGAUGCGUCUAGUCAGCGUCGAGGAUCUGCGAAGAACACCAGUCAGGCCUCACCUACGCAUCCGGACACCUCCAACGCCCCAAGGAUCGUCGACAAACUCAACGGCACGAUCAUCGACAAGCUCAACGGUACCGUGAUCGACAGGCUCCUGGCGUACGGCUUCGACGAUCGCAGUGAAGACGUGCGGCGGGAGGUGGCGAAGCUUGUACAAGUCAUACCUGCGCGUCGUAGAGGCGUUUCUCUCCGCGCGACCGAGGUUGUGCGAGGGGCUGGAUUUGAGUGGUGA